AUGAGAGUGGUGGCGCCGCCGAGGAAGGGUCUGCUGGUCGCUUUCUUACUGGCUUGCGCCGCCGUGUGCGGCGGGGGCGCUAGGGUUGGGACUCGGCUGGCGGAGCUUUACGAGCCACAGAACAUCUUCUACGGCGCCGACAACGAUCCAGCCGUCGGCAUCGGCAGCUUCGUUCCCGGAGACGCCUACGGCCUUGGGCCCUUCGUUGGGUCGCUGCCCCUCGUAGGUUAUGGGGGGGUGAAGCGGCCACCGGCCGGCGACUCUUCCGGCGGCGCGCUGCCGGCGACCGGUGGCGGCGCUGCUGUGUCGCCGGGGGGAUACCUUCCGGGGCCGGGUGGUGUCGCCGCCGCGGGGGGCGGCGGCGGAGGAGAUUGA